UCACGGAUAGAAAACAGCUGCUCUUUCUAUCCAGCUUCCCUUGUUAAACAACAAGCUAGUUGUAACAGACUGUUAGUAAAUACAGGGGAAGGAAAAAGCUCGUAAGCUGAGCCUGGUCACAUUGCCUAGUGUGAUAUAGUUUUAUUUUUAACAUCCAGGCACUUGAGCUAUUUCUGCAGAAGUUUUCUCUCAGUCUCCCCUUAUUCCCUGUUUCCCCUGGGGCUCUACUUCUCUUUUCAUCAACUGUCUGUUCCAAGCCAGGAGACCUAUGUGUGGUAGAUGUCCUUGCAGGGGAUAUAUGAUUAAGUGACUGUUCCUUUUUAACAAAGAGAACAAAAGAAGUUAAUGGGGGCUAAUUCUCAUGUCUUGAUCAAUUAUACUGAAAUACAUCUACUGUUCUGAAUGUAGCUAUGACAUUUCAUAGUAGCAGUGCUUCAUCUCUCAAAGGAAAGAAGGAAGAGCUAAGAAGCAAGAAGACGUGUCAGCGAUAUGGGCAGGGUCCAGAGACCUCCAGCCGGACAGCACCGGCAUUGUGAGAAAUGUUUCCAUCGACAUUGUCAGGUUCCAAUAGAGCCAAGUAUCUCCUGCUUGGUGAUCAAUUGUCGCCGGCUUUGUGGAGCAGCUUUCCACAUGUGCAAGGAGGAAGAACAUGAGUUACUUUGUCCCCUAGAGCAGGUUCCUUGCCUCAACUCUGCUUAUGGCUGUCCUCUCUCUAUGGCUCGACAUAAAUUGGCAAAGCACCUUCAGGUCUGCCCAGCCAGUGUGGUCUGUUGCUCCAUGGAAUGGAACCGUUGGCCAAAUAUUGACUCAGAAACAAUUCUUCAUGAGAAUAUCAUGAAAGAGCCCCACAGUGAGGAAUGUUUGGACACAGCUCUGGCCAUCCAGGAUCAAAACAUCCUUUUUGGCUCCCUGAAGAUGGUGGAGCUUUUCCCUGAAUCCAGAGAGUUCACUGAGGAGGAACUGGAAAUGGACAGUGAUGCCAUUUUGGAGGAACAAGGAGCAGUUGGUGGGGUGGACUCUCAUUCUCUCUCAGCAAGUGGAAUGUCACCUAACGGCGAGAUGGUGGAACUGAGCCAGCAAGAACGAGAGGCUUUGGCCAAAGACAAAGAAGGGAUGGAUCUGGCCAGUUUUGGGAAAUGGGAAAACAUUUUCAGCAAAGAACAUGCGGCUUCAAUGUUAACAAAUUCAUCAGCAAAUCCUGGGGGCAAGAGUAGUCAGGACGCAGGGAAAGAACAAGCUUCCAGUCAGGGCAAUGCUUCCGAGAAGGAUGCUAGCAUGGAGAAAGAAGGCGAGUCAGACCAAAACAAAGAUCCGUACAGGAACAUGGAAACGAUGGGACUCGCACCUUGGCAAGAUGGAGUAUUGGAAAGACUGAAGGCAGCAGUUGAUGUAAAGGACUAUAAUAUGUACCUGGUGCAUAAUGGGAGAAUGCUGAUCCACUUUGGCCAGAUUCCUGCUUGCACACCCAAAGAAAGGGACUUUGUUUAUGGCAACCUAGAGGCUCAGGAAGUCAAGACUGUCUAUACCUUCAAAGUUCCGGUCAGCUACUGUGGAAAGAGGGCCCGACUUGGUGAUGCAAUGGGAGCUAGUAAGCCAAGUGAACACAAGGCCACAGAUACCUCAGAUUUGGGAAUUGAUGUAGGAGAACUACCAAAAUCGGAUCUAAUCAGAACCACCCUUCUGUGUGCCAUGGAAAGGGAGCUGAAGGGCCAUAUCAUCUCCGAAUCAAGGAGCAUCGACGGACUCUUCAUGGACUUUGCAACCCAAACGUACAAUUUUGAGCCAGAGCAAUUUUCCUCAAGUGCAGUACUGGCAGACCUCACUUCUGAGAGUCCCCCGGGGCUCCACGUGGAACUCCACAGUGAAUGUGUGACCAGAAGACAUAAUAAGAGUAGCUCGGCUUUUACUUUUACUUGCAACAAAUUCUUUAGGAGGGAUGAGUUCCCGUUGCAUUUCAAGAACAUCCACUCUGAUAUCCAGUCAUGUAUCAAUGGCUGGUUCCAGCAUCGCUGUCCACUGGCCUACUUGGGCUGUACCUUUGUUCAGAGUCAUUUCCGACCUCCAGGGCAAAGAGCCAAAGUGAUCUACAGUCAGAAACUCAGGACGUUUGCCAUCAAGCCUGAGGUUGCUCCAGAGCUGGGGCCUAGAGGGAACAGCCAGAGGUCGCUGACCAGCCUGCCCCUAGAGAUACUGCAAUAUAUUGCAGGGUUCCUAGAUAGCGUCAGCUUGGCUCAGCUGUCCCAGGUGUCGGUCCUCAUGAGAAGCAUCUGUGCUACACUCUUACAAGAGAGAGGGAUGGUCCUCUUGGAAUGGAAGAAAAAGACCUAUUCCCACGGGGGCACUGGCUGGAGAGCUCACAAAAAGAUCUGGCAAUUCAGCAGCCUUUUCUCCAGAAUUAACAGCUGGCAGUUUAACGAAGUCACCUCCAUGUCAGAGCACUUGAAGACUUGCCCCUUCAAUAUUGUGGAACAUAGGACAGACCCAGUUCUUCUGACCAGCAUGUGUGAGCAACCCAAGCAAGCCAGGAAGAGCUUGGUCUCCACCUUCAAACCUAGAGCAUAAUGAAGAAAUCCCUCAGAAGGUGCCUAUUCUGGUGUUGCUCUGUCUUCCUCCAGCCUCCUGGAAGGAGACCGUGUUGUGAUUUUGAGAAUCAACUUCUUGUGUCUCUGUGGAACACUGGGUUCUUAGAUGCUUCAGCCAAUUCACAGAGCGUAUUCACUCUUUGUUGUAGCUUUUUAGAUUUCCUAUAUUACUCCCAUCUCCACCUUGUAAGUGAUUAAUUUAAUUUCUUUUCUGUGUAAGAAAUCAGUCUAAAGGAUAGCUUAUUGGAAAAGAAAGUGGCUCAUUAGGCAAUCAGGAAACCAAAAAAAGACUACAGGUAUCAGGAGAGGAGAAAGUAAAUUAAUUACCCAAUAGGAACAGUCCUGGCAGCCCUCCCUAUGAACAGGGUUAACCACCAUUCAUUAAGGCAUCACUUAGAGAAGUUCCACUUCUGAGGGCCACAGGGGCAAGGGACUGCUCAUAGACGGAAAGGAUAAAUUGGGGGACUUCAGAGUUGCAGCGAUUUGGAGAAGUGCCUCUAUGGGCCUAGGGAUAAGGCAAGGGCCAUAUAGGUGGAACAAGUACACAGAACAAAUAAAUAAGAAUACAUUUCUAUGUAUAACUUCAUUCAUGGAAAGUGUGUUGUAAAUUCAAAGCCAAAAUAAAAUUGUUCCUGCCCUCAGAGGAGUUUAUUAUAAUCCACAGAUUUUAGAACCCUUGGUUUCUCCCACCCUCAUCAGGGUCUUUCCUUGAGAAAGGAAGAGAAGAAUAAAAGGAGAGAGAAAAAGAAAGAGAGAGAGAGAGAAAGAGACAGAGACAGACAGAGGCGAGACAGAGAGAUGAUUACAUGUAACAAAAUGGAGACACCAAACUAGCUGGCAUGGAUGUCACCGUUAGGAGAAAUGGAGAAAACACUGGAAUUUAUCAUUUAUAGGGACAAGCCAUAGCUUUGGGCAUUAGUCUCUUUUUCAUAAUGAUGUAGAAUUUGGGGAAAUCUGAUUUUCCUUAUUACAGUUCACUAUAAUCCACAAAUGUUUAUUAAGCAUAGUACGAGACAUUUUACUAGGUUUUAGGAAUAUGGAGACAAAAUGAAAAGGAACUUACAAUCUACUGAUUGGGCAUACAGAAUAUAAACAAUAAGUCCAUAUGUGACCGUUUGAAUAGGAAGAGAACACUAUUCCUCACUGUUCUAAUAACAUUGUGUUCUUUUGAUACAAAGCACUAUUUUUUUCAGAUUAUAACAAGCAAGAUCUUUUUGUAGUUAAAUCAAGCAGUGAAAAAAAUUAACUAAGAAUCACAAAUGAGCACAUUGCUGCUUAACAUUGAAGAAUACUACUUCAGAAUCUGGCUUGUAGGUUCUAUGUAUGCUCUGGCCUAUAGGCAGGAAAAGUAAUUAAGACAAAGAACAACGGGAAAAGCCACAGACUUAUUAAGAAGAGAAUUGGGGUUGUACCAAGAUAGUGAAUAGGGACAGAGAGAUGGGAAAGAAGGCGUCUUCACACACUGUAUUUUGGAUGAUUAGAGAUGGGGUGGGGAGAAGGGAAGCAGACCAAGAAAGACACUCACAUGGGUUCUAUUGGCAGCCCACCCCCAGCUGUACUUUGUAAAUUUACUCUGUAAAUUUGAUCAAAAUUAGUUGUAAUUGUAAAUUGAUCAAAAAGAUUAAUGAUUUUGAUAACUGACUCCAUAGGCACAUAUAUCCACUGUAAGUAUGUCUUAGGGUUGAGGAAUAAAGUGAUAAAGAGAAAAGGAAAUUGUUUAGAGAGACUGGAGAUCUAAAAACUGGAUGAUUGGUAGGACAGAGGUGUCAGUGGGUAGGAGAAUGAGAAUAUAGGAUUAACCACAGAUUAGUGAACUAAGAAACUUUUAAGUGAGCAUAGCAGGACAUGUAAAGUAGUUUAAGGAGAUUCUUAGGAGGAGGAAUACUCCUAAGCUUGAAACAGAGUUCAGUUAGAAUUAGAGGAAAGAUAGAAUUCUAAACAAGGGUCUCAAACUUUUGUGUGUGUGUCACGGACCCUUUUGGCAAUUUGGUGAAAUCUACAGACCCAUUCUCAUACUGUUUUAAAAGACAUAAAAUUGCAAAGGAAAAUAAUAAUAUUGAAAGAUAAUUACUAAUUUUUUUAAACAAGGUCACAGACCUCAGGUCAAGAAUCCCUAGUUUAAAAAGAUGAGAUUGUUUUCUCAUGGAUUAGGAAGCUAAGAGAAUGGGUUCUGAUUUGUACAGAUAGAAUUAAGGUGGGGAAGGAGAGGUAGAUGGAGACAUAAGAGAUAAAACAUAAUGUCCCUAUUACAUGGUAAAAUUAAAUUAAUAUGAAUUAAAUUAGAUUGCAUGUACUUGGAAGUUACUUACAUGUAUGGAGUAUACCUGUAUGUAAUAAAGCAACUUGGCUCUGAA